AUCCACCAAAGGAGCUGUAUGUCCCCCUGACUGGGCAAGUGCAUGGGAGCAUCUCUGGGACCCAGCGCCCAGGGAAGUGCAGGGUAUCCCUCUACACAGUGGGUGCAGCUGAGAUGCCCAAUGCUGUGUGUGAGGGCAAACCAGCAGCAGCAUUGGUGAGCCUGUCUGUGCAGUGGGGACACCCAGGGCUUUCUCCCAGCCAAGCAGUUAUCUCAGGAGCUGGAAGCUUUGUCCCAGCCAGCUGCUCCUUUCCCACCACAUGGGAGUGACUGCAAACCCCAGAAGCAGAUGACGUGUCGCUUGCCAAGGAGAGGUUUGGAGCAAGGUGGCGUGGUGAAGAGAAGGCAAGCAGGCAACAUGGGCACCUCUGUCUUCCCACAUCUCCUCAUUGCCCUCUUGGCUGGGAGCGCCCCAGCACGCUGUGCUGAAAACAACAGCUCUGCAUCCCACAGCACAGAGGGAGGUGCAGAGAAACUUGUCCUGUUGAAUGACAUCGCAGACGUGGAAGCCUUCAUCAGUGGUGCAGAGGUGGCGGUUGUUGGGUUCUUCCAGGAGCCGGAGAGCCCCGAGGUGUCGCAGCUCCGCCUGGCGGCCGCGCGGAUCCCCGAGGUGCCCUUCGCUCUCAGCAGCAGCCCCGCGGUGCGGGAGCACUACGGCGUGACGGCGGACACCCUCUCGUUGUUCCGCAGGGCAGACAAAGACCGGAGAGAUAUGGAUAUGGACAGAGAAGAAAUGGAUGCCGAUAAGAUGAGUCGUUUCAUUCGAAUGAACGAGCUCCGCCUGGUGACUGAGUACAACCCUAUGACAGCAGUAGGUGUGAUGCACAGUUCUCUCCAGCUCAACCUCCUCCUGUUCACAGACAAGAAGUCCCCAGAGCACCUUGAGCAAAUGCGCAGAUAUCGUGCAGCAGCAGAGCUUUUUGAGGGUAAGAUUCUCUUUAUCCUGGUAGACGUUAACUUGAAAAGCAAUGAACAAGUGAUGGCAUACUUCAGACUGAAGAAGUCCCAGCUGCCAGCUCUGGCUAUAUUCCACACACCAGAUGAGAAAAACGAUGUGUUGCCUCUGGAUGAAGUCUCCAUUGAGCGUGUGACGGACUUCUGUAAUGCUUUCUUACAAAAAAUGCAAAAGGAAGAAGACAAGCCGGAGGAGAAGGCUUUCAAUGAGGAGCUCUAACUCUUUCUCAGCAAACAUGUUGCCUGUGCCCAGAGCCAUCUGUUCUUGCUACAUGAAGAAUUCACUGAGCUUCACAGCUCAGGAAUUCUUGGUCUAAUAGGAUUAAGGGGCCAAGUCAGUCACGGAUUACCAUCUCCAUACCAUGCACAUUUGCUCUCUGUCCUCUCUAGGAAUCACUUCUCCCUUCUGAUUUGCUGGCUCCAGCUCGCUUUCUUAUUCUUCCAAGUGCUCUAGUAUUGCUGUACACAGUGUUCUUCCAUGUUGUCUCUGAUGAAGCAACAGGCAAUACAAAAAAUGGCAAUAUCAGAGAUAUAGCUUGUAGCUCCCAGAAAGACCAUCUGAUCUUUUUCUUUCAUGAUGCCUCCCAUGUUCUCUUUGCUUUUGGUACCAUGCUGGGAUCCAGCAGGCUGAGUCAGCCUAUUGUGACACUAGGAACAGACUGAUUAUUUAAUGUCACAUAGUUUACUAAAUAAAGCAGAAAGUAAAUAUCCUGAAUUUUUACAGAAGUUUGUGAUUUCCCACUCCCCAUGUCUGUCACUUAAGGACAAAGCCUGUGUAUUUAUGAAUGAAUAGGCUUGCAACACCUGAACAGACAGAUUAGUUGCUAAGAGUCAUUUCCCAUAGAACUGGACACAUGACCCACAAGUCCAUGAGGAUAAGAGAUUCCUGUGAGGGUCUGGGAUCAGAACAGUGCUGUGUACAGCAAGCAUGAGCUGAUGCAGCAAAAAUGACUAAGCUGGAGAUGCAGAUUAAGGAAUGGAAGCUGUAGCAGAAUGGCAGUAGAAAAUUACAUUGCAAGGUACGGACUAUUUCCACAGUGCAUUAGAAAGGAAGGUUGUUGUCAGUUUAUUGACCUUGGAUGUCUGAGGUCUCACUGCUGGCACACAGGGGAUGGGGACUUUACAGGCGAGAUAUAUGAGCCAUCUCUGUUCUGCUGUAUUAGAUGCAUGCAAUAGCCUUUCCUCAUAGUUGGCUCAGCAUCUUUUGGCAUGGACUAUGGAUGCUUCUGUCAAACAGUGACUGCAUUGUCUCUUGGGGCUUGAGAGACUUGGCUUGAGACAUGGAGUCUAAGAGGCGUAAAGCUGAGAAACCUCAACACUUUCUCAGAGAUGGGCCCAAGGCAAAAAUAUGAGAAGAGAAAGGAGGUGUACUUGUGAAUGAGGCAAACACGGAUGCCCACCACAGAGGGGGGUAGGCGAAGAGU